ACUCCCACGUCGUGCCUUUAAAACAGAGCCGGGAAGUGUACGGUAUUUGUCAAUGACACUUUCUGUGCCUUUCACUGGUUGUGAACUUUGCUUCACGACAAAAACUCUUCCUGCUCUGGAUUCUAUUACUUUAAUCGCUCAGCAUCUUAACAUCCACUCUCAACUGCCUUUCUAAUUUGCACGACUUCUGCGAUUGUCUGUGCAUUUCCAAGAUUGAUGUAUUCAAUCUGUUUUAACAUGCUCUAAAACUAGCCGAACGGGGGCUUAGAAUUGCGCUUUACAGCCAACUUAAUUCACAUACAGUCGACUUGUGCAAAACAAAGUUUUAUUUAAUAGAAUACACGUAUUUGGUUUGUAAUAAAGGUAAGACUUUUUCCACAAAUAAUAAUUAUAUAUUUAUUAACCUUUACUGUAAAACAAGGCACAUCAACUUUAAAAAGUGGUCUGAAAAGUAUUUAAUUGCAUGCAUAUUUGCAAUGCUAAGUAUGCAUAAAGUGUAUUGCAGAUUACUAUUGCUAAUAUUUUAAAGGUUUUAAAGGUUAUGCUGUAGCAUUGUUUUAGUUAUCCAGUUUUUAAAAGAAUAAGACACGUUUAACUAAAUAGCUUAAUACUUCCUGCUGCUAAGACUAGUGUUAUUACCAAAAAAACGACUUUUCUCAUUGAAAUGCCAAUAAGAAAACUGCUGUUGGUUGUAAUCGCGGUGUUCACAAGCGCAGCAGCGGAAAGACAGAAUGCCGUCUACUUUGAGGCUGCAAGGAGUAAAUUGACUUUCUGCCACCUGACACGGACAGCGUCCUCCAAAACCGGUCUCAGCUACCUCAACUUCCUGAGCCGACCGGUCGGCGGCCACUCUGGGGCGCUUGUACUAUACCAGAGCACCUGGGACAAGUCUCACCGGCUCCAGGAGUGCGUCAGCACCGAUGACCCAGUCCUCACGAAGACUUUCCUUUCUUACUGCCAAGAGGGGCUCCAGACGAACUCCACUUUCACAAACAGACCGGACAUUCUGCAGGACGCCCGUUCUCUGGUUGAAUCCACCAGCCCGUGUGUCAGCAGUGCUUUGCCACAGGAUGGCGCCGAACCUGCCCGGCGAGAGAGGAGGGCUGCGGCGGCUGGAGAAUCGGUACACACGCCCCCUGAGGAGAGUUCCGGGGAUGUGAAUCCCAGGAGUGGAGGCACAGCGCGGAGGAAAAAGCGAGCGUGGAUCGUACCCGGGACUCUUUGGUGUGGAAGAGGAACUGCGGCGCAACACUUCACUGAAUUAGGGGUCUUUGACCAGGCAGACCUGUGUUGCAGAGAGCACGACCAUUGUAAAGAGACGAUAUCAGUAUUCAAAAUAAAAUACGGGAUCUUCAACCAUCACCUGUACACUCUGUCCCACUGCGAGUGUGACCAAAGGUUCAGACAGUGCCUGAUUGGUGUGAACGAUACCGUCGCUAAUCUGGUUGGGUAUGGCUUCUUCAACGUCAUUAAGGUGUCUUGCUUCGUCUUCCAACCCAAAGUACAGUGCACCCGGAUGUACUGGUGGGGCGGGUGUAAGAAAAAACAGAAAGCACCUUUCGCCGUCCUCCGUCCUCCCACAUCGUACAAUGCCACUCACCCUGCAGAGGAGGAGACGGACAUGGGCUGGAGACCCAAACCCAAAUCAAAAUCGGGCACCAGGGUCAGCCAACGGGCUUCCCCCAAGACAAGCAGCACCAUAGAGCCACCUAGUGGGGGGAAGCAAGCCCCCAAACCACCCCGCACGACAGCCCCAGGCCACAAGCGCAAGCAGCAGGGCAAGAGGGGGCAAAACCAAGGUCACACAGGGGUGGUGGGAGAGUCCAACGUGACAGGGAACAGUGGGGGUACAAAUCCACUUUUGGAAAGUACCACAUUGCCAGGCAACAGAGGAGAGAAAAAUACAGUUUUGGAAGAGUCCACAACGGUAGUGAACAGAGGGGGGGAAACCACCACACCGAAAGGUCCCGAGUUGCCAGGAAGUGCAAGGGGAGACACCCCAGAAAGAGGUGAUUGGCUGUCGGGUCACAGGUCAGAGAAUGCCCUGCCCGUGGUUAACCCCUUGUUUUCUGGUGAAGAUAACCUUGAAUCCGACGGGACGAGGCUCAACAGACCGCCCCCUGUGAGGAAGGCACCCGAGGGACACUAUAAAUCCCAGAGCUGUAACUGUUACAAGCGCUUGGAUCAGUGCAAACACAAAAUCAGCCCCCAUGAGGAGAGAUUCCAGCUGCAGAACACAGAGGCCAAGACACUGUACCACUGCAACUGCACACGCAGGUUGGCACAGCGACUGCACAGGAUGAGGGAGCCCAACACAGUGGAGUCUCUGCUCUACAGCUUCGUCUCCUUGUCCUGUUUUGACCUGCGAGAGAGAGAGGAGUGUGACCAGGAGGGCCGGUGCACCACGCAGCAGACUGCUGUCCUUUCCAGGGCGAGGCACCUCCGUAGAGUCCUGAAGACUCGGCGGAGUGCUGAGGGGAGGGAUGGGGUCGAGGGAGCCCUCAAAGUGAAGAGACAGGCCACCAGCACACCCAGGCCAGUUCCGCUGUACGACAGGUGUCUGAAGAUGGUUGACUCCAGACUGAAACCGGAAUUACUCACUGAACAGCCCCGCAAUGACACCACCACAGACUGGAAUAUCUCGAAAGGGAGCAGACAUUAAAUAGAGGCGCUAAAUGCGUUUCUAACUCUUCAGUGUGUUCAGGUUUGGCGCCCCCUACUGGAGGGGGGUACACAUUGGAAAGCCAGUUUUUUGCUUCAGUUACAUCCCUUUUUCUAAAUGCAAAACAGGAAUACAACUGUGAAUGUCCAUUUAAGUAAUUUCGAGUUAACGGGUUGCAUUUGCUUUCAGAAAAUAAGGCGCACAUCCUGUACUGAAGCAAAAACGCUUUUCGGAAUCCUAACUAUAAGUAUUACAAAGCUACAACCAUUGCUAAUUUCAGUGUGCCGUUCAUGAAAAUGUUUGUUACAUUAUUCAUAUCAGGCAACUGGCAAGCCUGAGACAUUUUGAUGAUCAAACUUCUGACUGAUCCAUCACCACAGAAACGUUGGGUCUGCCAUAAUGGCCUGGAGCAGAAGCUUAUUUAUUGUACAGAGUGUAUAUUUUGUUCACGUCCGUCCUUGUGUACAGUCUUGCAAGGGUAUUGCUAGCAGACCUUUGGAAGGUAACAAUGCUGUGCAUUCUAGGUUUCUUAUACCCUGAUAAGCCAUAGCUGGAGUUUUUAGAGCGUUUUACAGUACCAGGGAAUCAAGCUGCAGUGCAUCAACAUACCCCUAGCACUCUAGGGAUAAACCCAGCAUAACCGAGGAGAGCUGUUUGAGUGCUGUAAAAUGCUCUAAAAAACCAAGCAAUCCCUGUGUAUUGUAAGCAAGGCUGUUGCAAGCUGAUGUGUAUUCAGUUUACAAUGCAAGCAAAUGACAUGUAUUUAUCUUGGUAAAAUAGCAAUCAAAUGUAUAAAGUUUUCUUAAUUUUAAAAUCAUGUUUAUGAUAGAAUUAUAUGAUAUUAUGUUGCAUUUUGCUUUUGUAAUUGUGGUUUCUUUUUUUGUGACAACGGUAUUAUAAGUCUGAUUGGUUAUUGAUGAGCUCACUGCAUGACAUGAGCAGGGAAGUGUACAGAUUAAUUUAUAGGCACCUGUGGAUUUUGUAUAUAGCUCAUUGAAUACAAAGGGAGUGGGUUGUUUACCUGUCUAGAGUGAAGUCUAAUAAAGUAAGUGUUUGUAAGAU